UGACUAGAGUCGAGCGCGCGCGGGCCCGCAUGGAGUUCCACGUGGUCUACACGCCGGUGAACGGGGCGCUGACGGUGUGCCUGAACCGGCUGGUGAACCUGCCGCUCCGCUACCGCGGCCGCCCGUUCCUGGUGCGGCUGACGGCGCUGGGGCAGCAGGCUGAGUCGCGCCCCGUGCUGGACCAGGCGGCCGCCGCGCAGCCGCAGCUGCUCACCUUCCCGGGCGUGGCCCAGCAGUGGCUGGAGCAGGGCCAGCUCAGCUGCCACCUCUACGUCAAGCGGUACAGCAGCCUCACCGAGAAGCUGGUGGGCGAGGGCAGCGUGCGGCUGUGCGAGCUCAACCUGGCCUCGGGCACGCCGGCCGCCUGCAGCGUCGUCUUCGGCCGGCCCGGCCAGCGGCGCACGAUACCGCUCCAGCCAACGCAGACGUCUGCGGCCGACGAGGCGGGUGUGUCGGCGCCGACGCUCGGGCAGCUGCUGCUCAGUCUGCGCUACGACCAGGCCACCGGCAGGAUGAACGUGUUCCUGAGGCGCGGCGACAAUCUGCCCGACUCCCGCGGUCUGGUGAAUCCCGAGUUCUUCGUGAUCGUGAUGCUGCUGAAGGCGGGUGACGAGGUCAGCUGCCAGGAGUCGCGCCGAGUGUCGGGCCGCGCGCCUGUCUGGAACCAGUCCUUCCACUUCGACAUCCCCCAGUCUGAGCUGGAGAUUCACUGGAUCCAGUGUAUCGUGAUGGUGUGUCGGAUCUACGCCCGCGAGCGGCGAGUCGGCUUCUGUCAGCUGGGACCCGACACGAGCGUCACUGGAGCCCAGCACUGGGAGCAAAGCCUGAAGUCGCGGCGCGACGAUACGCCGCGCUGGCACGCGCUGCUCCCAGCACCCGAGUAGUGACAUCUAGCGCCAACGUUUGGAGCUAUUAGUGAUGGAAUCCUCCACCAGUCUCUUCAUGGUUGGACAUUGUACAGCUCUUUUGUGUGUCUUAUGGAGGAAAGGACGGUGGGUACGACUGUGUCUCGGACGGUGGUACUCUAACUUUUUCGAAAAGUUCGUGAUUGCAAACAUUUUUUUGCCGCAAUUCAGCUAAGUGAUGUGGCGCAAGACUGUGGAAACCGCCGCUUGACAAGUGAUCAGUGGCGAUUGAUGUGUACAUAUUGCUGCACUGUCUGUAUCAGGGCAUGACCUGUAAAACGUGGAUGGAAUAUCCCAAAUAGUUCGCGAAACCCGCAUCACCUCCCUUAGUGUUUUUUUAUUGUAAGUCGUGGCCUACAGCCUAUAUAAAGGCGUUAUGUAUCCGGAUUUGAUUUAAAAUCGUGAUGUUCCCCAGUCCAUUUCUGUUUUAUGUUGUAUAAUGUGGUGUCUGAGCUGCGCACAAGAGCUUUUGGAUUAUUGGCCAGCAGACGAAUGCCUAUUGCGAUAUUCCUAGAGUGUAGGGUUUCCAGAUGCCCUUAUUUAAAAACAAUAUAUAAUCAUCCUUC